AUGCCUCCAAAGAAAGACGUUACCAGCGAGGUUCCAGCUUCUACCUCUAUCAAGCCCGAAGAUGCUGAGUUUUUCCUUCAAUGCCUGAAAGCAAUCGACGACAAUGGCACAAUGGAUAUGUCGGUUCUUUCUGUGGCUCUUGGCCACACCAAUAUUGGCUCUACUCGCAACCUUUUUGUCCGUCAGAAAAAGAGAUAUGGAUUGGGAAACAUUCUGACAAAGGUCAGCGGAGGAUUCUCUACGAGGAAGGGCGACAAUGGGAAAAAGGGGAUAGCCUCUGAUGUACUCAAACAGAAUCCUUUUCUGACGACCAAGGUCGAGAAAACACGCAACCAGUGUCCAAUAGGCAAAAUGACCAAGUCUCAGGCAAAUAUCGCUAAAGUAAUGAAGGUCGAACCUCAGGAUGAGAUCUCUGAGGGCAUGGCUGUGUAUGUGGAAGACGAUGCUUAUUGA